GCAACACCAAAUCCUCCGACCUUGACACAUCCCACGCGACACCCCUCGUUGCCUGAGCUGUCCUCGUCUCCUUCACACUACACAGGGCCCUGACCACCAAUUCCUCCCCUACGGCCUGGUGCUCCACCCACCGCCACCAUGAACACAAUCUCGCCUCCUCCGCAAAUAAAACGUCUAUCAGGCCCAAAACGCUUCUUCGGCAUCCUCGUGGGCAUAACCGGCGGUCUAGGUGCCAAUGCCCUUCUUGCCUACUCGGUAUCCUCCUUCUACACGCGCAACACCAAAUUCGUCCCUUACGACACCUCAUCGCCUGACCUCACCACCAGCGUCUUCCGCGCGCACAACCCCCACGGAAACCCACCGGUGUGCAUAGAUCAUGCCAUAAAAGAGGUUCCGUAUGGCAAGCUGCCGGAAAAGUACUGGGUAAAGGGUAGCGGGGGCAGGAUAUCUGUCGACCAACCGGCACUGGCGACGGAUUUCUGUAGGGGCAUCUGGAGCGGUGUUGCAUUCAGGGUCCAAAGAAGGUUUUUGGAGAGGAAGUACCGCGCGAUGGAGGGCAGGGAGAAGCAGCUUUGGGAUGUGAAGCAGCUGGAGAGGAACGAUUACAAGGUCGGCACUGGCAUUGUUGAUCAUUUCGAGGUUGUGGAACAUACAGAUGAGAAGGUAAUUGUGCGAUGCGGAGAUUCACCACUCGUUACCGACCACCGACCUUCAGACGGUUUGUUCUCGAUGGAGGUCUCGAAAGACGACGAAGCGCAGAUCGCUACCUUCCACCUCAAGUCUGUUUUCGUAGACACAACUCCAGAUGGUAAGAACAACCAACCGCAGCCUGGCGCCAUCCAGUGGCUACAUAGGUUGUAUACAAAGCUCUGGAUGGAGAGUGCGACACGAAAGUUGAUCAAGGAGGCAUAAGUAAAUUAGGGAUCGUAAUGCAAAUCAAUAUGCUUGAUGAUGCACCAGGCACCAUAAGGUCCACAAACGAAGUUUAGUUCCUAGCGACAUCUGCGUGGUAUGUUUUUAACACGGAGUACAUAAUACCUUACGAGAUGCUAGCACCCUUCGCUGCCAUAUUUGACGGGU